AUGAUAUUUUCUAAUAUUUGUCUAUUUUCCCUGUCCUUUCUUCUUUUCCUCUUUUUUUCCCCACUUUUUUUCCUUCCCUCAUUCGUUCUUUUUUCUUUAUUCCCGCCUUUCUCCCCCCCCCGCCGCUUCCUUCUCCACUUCCUUCCUUUUUUCCGAGGUUUCUUUUUUCUUUUCUUCUAUUUGGUUUACUUCUAUUCAUUUUUUCUUUCUUUCUUUGUGCUUUCAGGACAAAAUACAAGCUCAACGAAGUGGGUUAAAAAUGGAAGAAGGCUCUCCUUUUUAUGUUCUUUUAAUUGGCCUCAACCGAUCGUCGCCGUUUCGUCUUUUUUAAUUACCAACCAUUUUGUUCUUUCUCCUUCUUCCCAACAUUUUUGUUUAUUUAUUUUCUUCUUUUGCGUUUUAUUUCAUUUCCUUCCUUCCUUCUUUUUUUUAUAUAUUUUUUUCUUUCGAUCUUUCUUUUCUUUCAUCGCCGCCUUUUUAUUUUUCUUAUGUCCAUCAAUUUUGAAAUCAUAUUUUUUCUUUCUUUUAUUUUUUUUUAAUAAUUUUCUUUUCGCUUUCUAUCGUCCCUUUCAUUUUAAUUUCCUUCUUUUUGUUCCUCUCUUUAACAUUUCUUUCUUUCUUUCUUUGAACAUUUCCUUCCUUCUUUCUUUCUUUCUUUCUUUUUUGAACAUUUCUUUUUUUUUUCUUUUUUCUUUCUUUGUUCUUUCCUUCAUCUCUUUUGAACAUUUCUUUCUUCCUUUCUUUGAGCAUUUUUAUCUUUUUUGA